UCCCCAGACGUCAACGGGAGAGGUUGUCGCUCUCCCACUCGAUAAACUCUCGAUACAUCGAAGUUUUUAACAUCCAGACAAAAUGUUUAGCUGUAAAUAAUUCUAGUGGUAUUGGCAUGAAAGUGGUUCAGAUGUGAUGUGCGUUUUUUUUGGAUAUAAGCUAGUUCGAUGCCUGUUCUCCACGCAAAAGCGGCUAUGUGGUCGCGAAAGCAGUCAGUAUGUAGUGCUGUAAGCGGGUUAUCCCGGGGGGACGAUGCGGAACCCGGGAAUGGGGUACAAUUGUACCCUUUUGCUAUCGCUCUUAGAGUUCGAGUGUUACAGAUUGUCUGCGGAAUAUUAGGAUUAGUGCUGGGAGCUGUCGGCUGGCUGGAAGAGAAGCAGAAACCUGCGUUAGGUCUUGGAGUACCAGCUGGUGCCAUCACUGUGUUGGCUGCAGCGACAUCAACAUACUUCAGCCGAGGUUUCGGCGGGUGGGUAUCCGCUCGCUCUAGGGCGACCAGGACUUGGGGCGCACCGUGGCGGGCCCUAGGCCCCUCGCCGUGCGCCGCGGUACCCCUGACGAUGUUGUGGACGGCGGCUAUAGGGGCCCAUAUAGCGAUGCUUAUGUUUUGUAUCAGAUCGCUUAUGAAUAUCGGAUGUGGCAGCACAACAUGCAUCGGGGUUGCGAGUGCUCAGCUAACAGUCUCCGUCACGACCCUCGCCGCAGCUGUGUUCAUGUUCCAACUGGACUUGAGGUUCGAUGCCUCGCUGUCACCACCUCCAAGGCAAUCGGAUACGCACAUAUGUACUGCAGUUUCUAUGGUACCUCUUACGUCAGUUGCAAUCAACAGUGGGAAUAGUGAUGCAGCCGACUCGGGGGGAAGUCCCCUGGGGAAGGAAAAGGAGCCCCCUCCCCCGGAUCCCCCCACCUGAUGUAGUGAAGCCGCUUGAGUGAAUGGACAAACGUUCUGAGGACUAUUGUAUCUACUUUAAAGUAUACUGAGUGACUUUCAUACUGUAAAAUUGUAGACUGUACUUUUACUGGAGCUUUUUCGUGAAGAUGCGUCUUGGGUGGGCAAGUUAACGCCAGUGCAAAGCGAUCCGAAGCAAACUGAAGGAACGCUACGCCACGGAAACCAAUUAAAAGAAAUCGACUGUUUGUUGUUUUCGCAUCGCGCCAUGUCGCUUCGUGUUCGCAUCCAGAUGGUUCACAUAGGACGCAUCGUUAUGCUUUUGUUUAUGUAUUUAUAAGGUGAAACUUGUAUUCAUUUGGAGUGAGGAUGACUUGUAAGGGCAAACGUCAUGGCGCCUUCUAAUGCCGACACACACUCUCACAACAGCUCUCUACGUCUUUGCAUGUGUGUGUGGAACGUAUCAUUAUAAGUUUUCCGUGCAAAAGUGUAUAUUAUCUUGAUGGUCUAAUGAAAUUUUCUUUGGUUAUUUUUAACCGUUCCAAAUUCAAUACUAUUCCAUUUUCGUUCCACUUUCAUCAAUUAAUUGUUUCCUCAAUUGGAUUGAAUGAAGCACUUUAAUUGGAAGCCUUUUGUUUUUCUUUUAUUGAGCGUAAGGUUUUCGGCACACCCAAACCUCCACAUUUUAUUAUUUUUAUGGAAAUUUCUAUAGCACUGUCUUAUUGUUUGGUAAAUAAUAAAAGGAAUUUCUAAGCCCUUUGUAAAAGUUCCGACGGAAUA